GAGUACUGCUGCGCUCAGACUCUGAAGACAACACCUCAGACUCACCUGCCUCAGACUCAGGAAGUGACAUCAUAGUGACCUCACAGUGACAUCAUGAGCCCCAAACGCAUCGUCUUCAAAAAGGUGUCCCGGGACAAGUCUCUGACCGUGUACAUGGCCAAGAGGGACUUUGUCGACCACUGUGACCACGUCGACCCAGUCGAGGGGGUGGUGAUGAUCGACCCUCAGCAGCUCAAAGGAAAGAAAGUGUACGUGAUGCUGUCGUGCACGUUCCGUUACGGUCGCCAGGACAUGGACGUGAUGGGCGUGGCCUUUCGCCGCGACCUUUUCGUGGUGACGCGGCAGGUUUACCCCGAGCUCCAGGACAAAUCCCAACUGACCCACUCCAAAGUCCAGGACAAGCUCCUGAGGAAACUCGGAGAGUACGCCUUCCCCUUCUUCUUUGAGUUUCCAGACAAUCUUCCGUGUUCUGUGGCUCUGCAGCCGGGGCCGAACGACGAGGGGAAGAAAUGCGCCGUGGAGUUCGAGGUGAAGGCGUUUUGUGCCGAUCAAAGUGACGAGAAAGUGGAGAAACAGAGCUCCGUGCGUCUGACCAUCCGUAAAGUCCAGUUCAGUCCAGACUCUCCAGGUCCGGCUCCGGUCACAGAGACGACGUUUGAGUUUCUCAUGUCAGAAAAACCUCUGUAUGUGAAGCUCUCCCUCCAGAAAGAGACGUUCUAUCAUGGGGAUCCAGUGAAGGUGAACGUGGAGAUCAACAACUCGUCAAGCAGAACCAUCAAAGACAUCAGCCUGUCAGUGGAGCAGGUCACAAACGUGGUUCUUUACUCCAAUGAUAAAUACAUCAAGUCUGUGGCCAAAGAGGAAACCACAGAUGUGGUUCCCUCUGGCACGUCCCUGAAGCAGGAGUAUUCUCUGUUUCCUCUUCUGUCCCACAACAAAGAGCGACGGGGCCUGGCCCUGGACGGACGACUGAAGCACGAGGACACCAACCUGGCCUCCUCCACCAUAGUGAAGCAGGAGGUGCUGAAGGAGGUCCAGGGGAUGCUGGUCUCUUAUAAAGUGGUUCUGAGGAUGAUCGCCUCUGGUGAUCCCGGGGACUUGGUGUUUGAGGAGUUUAAAAGAGUUUAUCUCAAAGGAGUGAUCGGAGACGACGACGACUCUGCCACUGAGGCCUGAGAGAAGCCACGCCCCCUCUGUAUACAGGCCCCACCCCCUGACCCC